UAAACUGAGCCAUCCUCUGUGAGACAGUUUAGGUUUCAUUUUCCUUUUCCCAGAAAGGAAACAGCUCUGUUUCUACUUUAUUUCCCGUGUGUCCCGAGCUGCUGUUGCUCGCCACGUCUGCUUGCAGAGGUCAAAAUGCAGAAAGAAGGUGGAGAAAAAAUCGGUUUUCGUGGCUUUAAUUUUGGAUGUUCAGUUCCCGUUACUACUACUACAAAUACUACUACACCCCAAUUUACUAUCGGCACAACAUCACUCAUCAACGGUGCUCCCAGCGAAAUUACAAGCAAGAGUUCAACAGGGAGAAAGGAGAACAGAUCUUCAUUUCGACUCCCAGGUAUGGAAGUUUCUUCAGCAGCUCAGCCAUGGUUGGAUUCUCAGUGGAGAGACAUGGAGUGGACGGAAGAGCAAAGGACAAACCUGAUGAAGACUGUCAGCUCCUACAGACCGAGCUGUGGGGAGGUGACUCGGGCCCAGAUUCUCCUCCUCGGUCCGGUCGGUGCUGGAAAGUCCAGCUUCAUCAGCUCAGUCCAGUCGGUGUUCAAUGGACGAGUCACCAACCGGGCCAUGGUGGGCUCCUUCCCCAGCAGCUUCACCAAGAAGCUACAGCCCUUCAACAUCCAUGGUCAGAAGGGAGAGGACCCUACUGGAGUGGUGCUGUGUGAUAUCAUGGGUCUGAGCGAUGGAGAGAUGACCGGACUGACUCUUCAUGACGUCCUGUCAGUCAUUAAAGGUCAUGUGUCUGAGGGACACAAGUUCAGCCCAAGUCAGCCAGUGACAUGUGAGACUGUGGGCUAUGUGAGGAGACCAAGCCUUCAAGACCAGAUCCACUGUGUGGUCUUUGUAGUGGACGCUUCUAAAGUCAUGAGCUACCCCAAAAGCCUCAGCACCACCUUCCAACAGCUCAGAGAGCACAUCAGUGACCUGGGCGUUCACCAGGUGGCUCUGCUGACACAUGUGGACAAAGUGUGUCCAGAAACGGGAAAAGAUGUCACCAAUGUUUACAAGAGCAACAUCAUUCGGGAAGUGAUGAAUAAAGCAGGAGCUCUGCUGGGUAUGUCCACCUCCUACAUCGUUCCGGUGAAGAACUACUCCUCAGAGCUGAACCUGGACGUCAACACAGAUGUGCUGCUUCUUCAUGCUGUCGAUCACAUUCUGCAGUACGCUGACCUGUACUUUCAGGACAAUACAACGCAAGACACAGAGCUGACGAAAUUUAAAAUGUGAAUUUCAGAGCUGUUGUAAUACAUGUCUUAUUAAGAAGAAAGCCAUCAUUCGCAUUCAAUCAUCUUUAUUAUCAUUUAAAGAUAAACUUCAAUUCACUCACUUUGGACCCCUUAUGUGUAAGAUUUUUUAUAUUUUUGUGAAACUAACGACUCAAAAUAGCUAUGCAUCAAAUUUAAACUAGCUUAGAACGUGCCAUUUUUCAUCAUUUUUUUGCCAUUUUACACGAUCAUAUUUGACAAAAUUGUGUGAUUCUGAAUAAAAUUGACAAGUUGUAAGAUUUUA